AUGUCUGGUGGCUAUAACGAAGGUAGCCGCGGCGGUGGCUACGGAGGCGGUGGUUACAGCAACGGCGGCGGCGGCGGUGGUGGCCGCGGUGGCUACGGAGGAGGUGGCUACGGCCGUGAUCGAGGAGAUCGCGGCGACCGCAAUGGAUAUGGCGGCGGUGGUGGUGGUGGCUAUGGCGGAGGCCGAAGCAAUGGCUACAGCAACGGAAAUGGCUACGGCGGCGGCGGCGGCGGUGGUGGUUUCGGUGGAGGAUACGGUGGUGGUGCUGGCGGCGACCGAAUGAGCAACCUCGGUGCCGGUCUGCAAACGCAAGAAUGGGACCUCACCACCCUCCCCAAGUUCGAGAAGUCCUUCUACAAGGAGAACACAGAAGUUGCCAACCGCUCUGAUGCUGAGGUGGAGGCUUUCCGCCGCAAACACCAGAUGACCAUUGCUGGCUCUGAUGUCCCCAAACCCGUCGAGACCUUCGAUGAGGCUGGAUUCCCUCGCUACGUGAUGGACGAGGUCAAGGCUCAGGGUUUCCCUGCUCCUACCGCCAUUCAGUCACAGGGUUGGCCCAUGGCUCUUUCCGGACGCGACGUGGUCGGUAUUGCUGAGACUGGUUCCGGAAAGACACUUACUUACUGCCUUCCCGCCAUUGUUCACAUCAACGCCCAGCCCCUCUUGGCACCCGGAGACGGACCUAUUGUCCUGGUCCUUGCCCCCACUCGUGAACUGGCUGUUCAGAUCCAGCAGGAGAUCACCAAGUUUGGUCGAUCCUCCCGCAUUCGUAACACCUGCGUCUACGGAGGUGUUCCCAAGGGUCCUCAAAUCCGUGAUCUUUCUCGCGGUGUUGAGGUGUGCAUUGCCACCCCCGGACGUCUGAUUGAUAUGCUUGAAGCCGGCAAGACAAACCUCCGCAGAGUUACCUAUCUUGUUCUCGACGAGGCUGAUCGUAUGCUGGACAUGGGUUUCGAACCCCAGAUCCGCAAGAUUAUUGGUCAGAUCCGCCCCGAUCGUCAGACUCUGAUGUGGUCUGCUACCUGGCCCAAGGAAGUCCGUGCUCUGGCAUCCGAUUUCCUCUCUGAUUUCAUUCAGGUCAACAUUGGUUCCAUGGACCUCGCUGCCAACCACAGAAUCACCCAGGUUGUUGAAGUUGUCAGCGACAUGGAGAAGCGCGACCGCAUGAUCAAGCAUCUGGAGAAGGUCAUGGAUGACAAGGAGAACAAGAUUCUCAUCUUCGUCGGCACCAAGCGAAUUGCCGACGAGAUUACCCGAUUCCUUCGCCAGGACGGAUGGCCUGCUCUUUCUAUUCACGGAGACAAGCAGCAGAACGAGCGUGACUGGGUCCUGGACCAGUUCAAGACCAACAAGAGCCCGAUCAUGGUUGCCACUGAUGUUGCUUCACGUGGUAUUGAUGUUCGCAACAUCACUCACGUGUUGAACUACGACUACCCUAACAACUCGGAGGAUUACAUCCACCGUAUUGGUCGUACUGGACGUGCCGGCGCCAAGGGCACGGCCAUCACCUUCUUCACCACUGACAACCAGAAGCAGGCUCGUGAUCUCGUAAAUGUCCUCCAGGAGGCCAAGCAGAACAUUGAUCCCCGUCUUGCUGAGAUGGCCCGUUAUGGCGGCGGUGGUGGUCGCGGAUACGGUGGCUACGGACGUGGACGGGGCGGUGGUAGAGCCAACGCCAACAACAUGCCCCUCGGCAACCGCAGAUGGUAA